AUGGGUCUCACAGAUCAUUUUCCAGUGAACGUUUUGUCUUUUCACCGUGCGGCUGCCGCCAUCCAAUUCAGGGAAAGCAUCAUGCACCAUGAUAAAGGAAUAAUUUUAUAA